UAGGUAUGGAAGCGGAUAUGACGACAUAUAUUUACAUUGACCAAUCACAAAGCCCCAUAGCACUCGGAUGAUAAUAACAAAGAAGCAAGACGGUAGUACUUAGAUGUUUUUAUAUUGGUGCUAUUUAAUGCUUGAUUUUGUAUGUGCCAUUUUUGUAAACACAUAACGUUACAGCUGAAGAGGACAGACAUCAGUACAUGUGUAAUUCAUGCAUUUCCCAUUUGAGUUUAAAGGAUUUUUGCACCUAGCCUAAUUUUUCAGGGACCAGGGGUACAAUUUACAGUCUUUUUAAGGCAUGGAAAGCACACAAAUGGAGGCAUCCAGCUCGAGCAUAGAGCAGCAGUCAGUCCAGGCUUCCGCUGCAGAAGUGUCAACAUCCCGGAGAAAAACUGCAGCCACUAAAGGAAAAUCACCACUGAAAAGAAAAGCAGAUGCCCUUAAGAACGAUAAGAGCAAGAAGAAAAAGCGCAAAACUAUCAAAAGAACUAUUAGACCAAAUUAUACUGUUCAAGAGGGAGAGGACAUGCUUUUGAUUAUAUCAAAUAUAAGUAGCGGCGACAGUAUAUGGAAACCCAAACGUAAAGGAUGCAAGAAAAAGCAAUCAAAAAGUAAGAGUAAAAUCUCUCCUGGCAAAACCAGAAAAACACCUGCCAAAAUUAAAGUCCCUACCGUCAGAGAGGAAACUAUUGAUAAAAGAGUUAAUUUGGAGAGUGUGCAUGAUAGUUUUGACCAGUGGGGUCAGAGUUUACCAAUAGAGAUCCUGGUGAAAAUCUUUCAGUUUGCAGUGGUACAGGAUGGAGCUGUACCUUUUCUGUGCAGGGUUGGCAGAGUUUGUCAUCUAUGGAAUAGAGCUGCAUCCUCUCCGAUCCUGUGGCGCAGUGCGUCAAUCGGCUACUGCUGGAUUGAACCCGGUAAGAGUCAGUUACCUGGGACAGAACAGAAGAUUAGGAACACUAUAGACUGGCUAGCACAAAACAGAUUCGCUCAGAUGAGGGACUUCUCCCUUUGCCACUGGAAAAAACAUGUUGAUUAUGUCAUUGAGAGGGUUUCACAAUCCUGCCCCAAUCUUCAAUCUGUCAAGUUGUCCUACUGCACAGGAUUAACAGAAAAAGCCUUUCAGUGUCUUGGUGCUGGCUGUCCGUCAUUAGAGAAUAUAAAUGUGCAACACUCAGAGUUUAAUGUGGAUGGUCUGGUGUCUUUUCUUGAGAUGUACGGCAAACAAGUAAAGAGUAUUUAUUUCACACACAGCACCAAGAGUGACAGACUUCUCAGCACUUUGUCUGGUUGCUGUCCUGAGCUCAGACUGCUGGAGAUCAAUACUAAAUUAGAUGGAGGAUACUGCCAGCUUCCUAUUUGCAUUCAGGCUUUGCAGAUUGGAUGCCCCAAACUUCAGACUUUUAGGUUGAUGAAUGUAACUCCGGUUCCCAAAAUGAUACGCAACACGCCCAGUUCAACUUGCGGAUUUCCCCUCUUAGAGGAGCUGUGCAUUGCCACAUCCUCCCAUUCCUUCAUGUCUGACAAUGACCUGAGCAAUGUGCUCCAUAGCUCCCCCCACCUGCGAGUGCUGGACCUGCGAGGUGCCUCCCGCAUUACAGCUGCUGGCUUGGAUACUCUGCCUUGUGAAAGACUGGAGUGUUUAUAUUGGGGCCUGUACUUCAACAGCAACACCAUGGUGGCAUCCAAGAAAGGCAUACACAUGCUUACUCAGAAAUGGAGCAAUACCCUAAAAGAGCUUGAUUUGGCCAACCAGCCAUUCUCAGAAGAAGACAUGGAGAUCGCUGUGGGACAUCUUGCACAUGGCAAUGGACUCCAUUCUUUUCGCUCCCUGAAUCUCAGUGGGACUAAAAUCACUUCAUCUGCCCUCAGAUUGCUGAUUGGCCAAGCACCAUCUCUGAAGUACUUGAAUCUAUCCUCAUGUCGAUAUUUGCCCAGAGGACUCAAACGAUUAUAUCAUGGUCAAGAAGACAUUCAGCUACUUCUAGACAAAUUAAGCUGAACAUGUAUGUCUUGGAGAAACUGGGAUGUAUGCACUAAAGAAAAUUGGUAUUUUAUUCUGUUGCUUUCAAAAUACUUGGAUGUGAAUAUUCAAAGAGUUUAAAUGGGGAUUUGUAGAUAGAAAGUGACUUCACAGUUUAUGCUUUGAAUAAAUAUGGCAAUUUUUAUCA